GGCAAUGGGAGCCACGUGGCCCCUCCCUGCCUCUCGCUUCAUCUCCCGACAAGCUCCAGAGGGGCGGGGAGAGAACGCUGGAGGAGGAGGAACUCCGGCAGCUCUGCAGAGGGGCAGGAGCUCCGGUGUUUGGUACCCCCAGCCCCAACGCUGUUGCUGCUGCUGCAGCAGGGACACAGGUGAGGACAGCCCUGUGGGGAGAGGGAGGGGACCAUCACUAGCUCUGUCCUUGUCUUUUCCUGGUGCGGUCCCCAUCCAUGUCCUAGUCCAUCCUGGAACAGUCUUCAGGGGUCCCACUGGACCUUGUCCUUCCAGAGCCUUCUUCCAAGGACCCAACAGCCUCCUCCCCCUGUCUCCCACCCCGCCCCCGCCUGUUCCACCUUUCCCUCCUAGGCCUGGCUGUGGCUCUUCGCUUCCUCCUCCUCUGCUGCUGCUACUGCUGCUGUUGUUGCUGCUGCUCCGGCUGCUGCUACUGCUGUUGCUGGGUACACACCGCCAGCCCCUCGGGGUGUGGUUUCCUCAGACCUGCCUCCAACGGUGGGACCCAGCCUUCUCCUAGUCUCCCCUACCAGCUUCCUGCCAGGUUCAGCAGCCCCCUCUCCUGGGAGACACACCCAACUUUCUUCCAAUACCCCGCCCCCUAUUCAACCUAUUUUGAGGGAAUUCCCUUCCUCUUUGCAUAGUCUUUUGCGAGUUUCUUGUGUGCUCAGGGGGCUAUACCCAACUUCAGUCCAGUUGAGUAUUGGCCCUUUGGGAUUCCCCACAUCCCCCCUUUCCUCAUUCAGAGCUCUUGAUAGGGACCAGGCUUCCUAAGCCCCCUCCAGGGAACCUCUCUGCUGCAUAUCCCCUGGCCUCUUAAAAACUAAGCUAGUCCCAUAUACCACUUUAGCUAUCCCCCUUUCGCAGUCCUCUUUAGAGGGCCCUCACCUCUGCUACUUUCCCCGGAACUCCUGGAGAUUGUAGACACAUCCUCCAGGCUAUUCUUGGCAGCACUAGUCACUCCCCAGACACUUUUUAGUAUCUUUACAACCUCCCGCUGUCUAGCCACCCUUGAGAUGCUCCAGUCCCCUUUAUUGAUCUGCAAGGGGGCUCCAACCCAGGCAUCUUUUCCCAUCAGUCUUCUGGGCGUGGACAGUCCUUCAGCCUCUUUCAAACAUCUCUGGUCCUGUUCUCCAACUCUCUGAAUGCCUCUAUCUGCCUCCUCUUCAGCUCAACCGAGGGGUUAAAGGCCCUCCUUUAUUGGGAACUCUUGAGAGUGUGAACAACCCCCCACCUAUGUAUUGGUCCCUCUGAACACCCUCAGACAUCUCUCAGGAAUGUGUUGACUCUAGAUUCAUCUCAGUCUUUCUAGACUUGAGGAUCCUUCUUGGUUCCUCUAGCACUUUAACCCCUUCUUAGUCCCCUAGGAACCCCCAAUACUCCCCAAGCGCCUGUCUGUCUCUCUACUUCCUCCUCCUCUGGUUCCUAUUGGUUUCUCUCUCUCUCUCUCUCUCUCUCUCUCUCUCUCUCUCUCUCUCUCUCUCUCUCUCCACACACACACACACAUCAGUUUCCUUGUCUGGGUAGCCCAGGGUCUCUCCAAGCCUCUACCAUCCUGGAGCUAGCCACAUUCUCCUAAACAUCACACCCCCAAGUCUCCGUGGGCCUGGGGGAGCUGCAGGAUGGCGGCCGGUGUGGCCACAUGGCUACCAUUUGCAAGGGCUGCAGCAGUGGGCUGGCUGCCCUUAGCCCAGCAGCCCCUGCCCCCCGCACCGGAGGUGAAGGCAUCCCGAGGUGAUGAGGUACUGGUGGUGAAUGUGAGCGGUCGGCGCUUUGAGACCUGGAAAAACACGCUGGAUCGCUAUCCAGACACAUUGCUGGGCAGCUCGGAGAAGGAAUUCUUCUAUGAUGCUGAAUCAGGCGAGUACUUCUUUGAUCGUGACCCAGACAUGUUCCGGCACGUGCUGAACUUCUACCGCACAGGCCGCCUGCACUGCCCCAGGCAGGAGUGCAUCCAGGCCUUUGACGAGGAACUGGCCUUCUAUGGCUUGGUACCAGAGCUUGUGGGCGACUGCUGUCUUGAAGAGUACAGGGACCGAAAGAAGGAGAAUGCAGAGCGCCUGGCAGAAGACGAGGAGGCUGAGCAGGCCGGGGAAGGUCCAGCCCUUCCAGCAGGCAGCUCCCUGAGACAGCGACUCUGGAGGGCUUUCGAAAACCCACACACGAGCACUGCAGCACUCGUUUUCUACUAUGUCACUGGCUUCUUCAUAGCCGUGUCGGUCAUCGCCAAUGUAGUGGAGACCAUCCCAUGCCGUGGCCCUGCCCGGCGACCCACGAGAGAGCAACCCUGUGGUGACCGCUUCCCGACGGCCUUUUUCUGUAUGGACACAGCCUGUGUACUCAUAUUCACCGGGGAAUACCUUCUGCGGUUGUUUGCGGCCCCCAGCCGUUGCCGCUUCCUGCGCAGUGUGAUGAGCCUCAUCGAUGUGGUAGCCAUCCUGCCCUACUACAUUGGGCUUUUUGUGCCCAAGAAUGAUGAUGUCUCUGGUGCCUUCGUCACCCUACGUGUGUUCAGGGUUUUCAGAAUCUUCAAAUUCUCCAGACACUCCCAGGGCUUGCGGAUUCUGGGCUACACCCUCAAGAGCUGUGCCUCCGAGUUGGGCUUUCUCCUCUUUUCCCUCACCAUGGCCAUCAUCAUCUUUGCGACUGUCAUGUUCUAUGCUGAGAAGGGCACUAGCAAGACCAACUUCACAAGCAUCCCUGCUGCCUUCUGGUAUACCAUUGUUACCAUGACCACACUUGGGUAUGGAGACAUGGUGCCUAGCACCAUUGCUGGCAAAAUUUUUGGGUCCAUCUGCUCACUUAGUGGUGUCUUGGUCAUUGCCUUGCCUGUACCAGUCAUUGUGUCCAACUUUAGCCGCAUCUACCAUCAGAACCAGCGUGCUGACAAGCGCCGAGCACAGCAGAAGGUGCGCCUGGCAAGAAUCCGGUUGGCAAAGAGUGGCACCACCAAUGCCUUCCUGCAGUAUAAGCAAAAUGGGGGCCUUGAGGACAGUGGCAGCGGGGAGGGACAGGCACUGUGCGUUCGGAGCCGUUCUGCUUUUGAACAGCAGCAUCACCAUUUGCUGCACUGUCUAGAGAAGACUACGUGUCAUGAGUUCACAGAUGAGCUAACCUUCAGUGAGGCCCUUGGAGCUGUCUCCCUGGGUGGUCGCACCAGCCGUAGUACCUCAGUGUCUUCCCAGCCAAUGGGGCCUGGCAGCCUGUUAUCAUCUUGCUGCCCUAGAAGGGUCAAGCGUCGAGCCAUCCGCCUUGCCAACUCCACUGCUUCGGUCAGUCGUGGCAGCAUGCAGGAGCUAGACACUCUAGCAGGGCUUCGGAGGAGCCCUGCCCCUCAGAGCCGCUCAAGCCUCAAUGCCAAGCCUCAUGACAGCCUUGACCUGAACUGUGAUAGCCGGGACUUCGUGGCUGCCAUCAUCAGUAUCCCCACCCCUCCUGCCAACACACCAGAAGAGAGUCAACCUUCCUCCCCUGGUGGUGGUGGUGGCAGUGGUGGCCGAAGCAACCCUACCCUCAGGAACUCCAGCUUGGGUACCCCCUGCCUCCUUCCUGAGACUGUGAAGAUCUCUUCCCUGUGAGGGAUGGGUCUGCCCACUCAGAGGGCCUCUUAAUUUUUGGGAACUCCUUUCCAAAGCCAUAUUUGGGAGAGGCAAAGAGGGGCAGACCUGGGGACCCCUUAUGCUCCCUGCCAAGAACUAUGCAAUGGAGUUUCAUGGAAUGGCCCAUCUGGUGGGGAAGUAGCUAGGGCAUGGGAAACAAUUUUCCUAACAGGAGCUGAAGCACUGGGACUCCAUAGGUCCUGGCCUCCUUGCCUCAGCAUGCUGGGACUGGCCUCUCUCUCCUAAGCUGGCCUCUUGCAUGCUCCUCCCUUGGGCCCUCAGAGGCAGGUUAAAGUGCUCUGUAGUCUAACAUUUGAGGUCUGGCCUGACAAGAAGAGUCGAGAGUUCCUCUUCUCUUUGGUUGUGCUGUGCAAGUUCGAGGGUUCAGAAAAGAGAACUCUCAACUCUAAUUUAGCCUAUAGUGGGCAAGGUCUUUGCCCUUCACCAGGCCCAGCACUUCCCAGAUUUGGAAGCUUGGAAUACAGCUGUGGGCUGACUUAAUGGGCUGUGGACUCUGGCGUGACCCACUAUCCCCAAGCUUUGGCUGAGGGCUCAGGCUGCUUCUCCUAACACAGAGAUAGCACAAACACCACCACCUGCUUCCCUGGCUGCUGGAAAUGAGUUCCUGCCACCUGCCCUCUGCUGGGCCUCCAGCAAACUCUAGCAAUAGCAGCUGCUGCCGUAACCAUAUGCAAAGCCUCCGAGCGAUUUGCUGCAGCAUAUACAUCUGCCCCGAUCAGAUGGGCCACAUCUAACUACUUUCUUCUCUGGUGUUUUUCUUCUUGGGUUGGUCUGGAGUCUGGACCUGCUGAGAUAAGAGCCUGGCACCCAGCUCGAGCAGGGCUGGGUUUUGAGAUCAUGGGCUGACUCUGUCGACUUGGGCGGGAGUCCAGAAGUGUUGUAGGCAGAAGCCUGGGUUGUUUCUGAACCCUGGGAGGGACAGAAGAGACUUCUUGAUUGCCUCCUCCUGCCCUGUAAUUUCCACAUAGUCUUCUCCUCUCUCUCUUGGGUCACCUGCUGGAUCUUUGCUCUCAGACUGAAAUCUCACGUCAUCUCAGGUUCCCUGUCUCCCAGCUCUGUCCCCCCGAAGCCGGCAGCUGACAAAGAUGAUGUCUUCAUCAGUCAAUAAAACUUAAGAAGAGAGAUGUGGAUUGAGCAUCUACUGACUCUGGAUUGACUUUGAGGGCUUGGCUGAGGGGUUAAGGACACUCUGGUCUCAAUUUCUUUCAACAGUGAAGGGGCUGAUGUGGGUAGAGGUAUGGGGUAUGGGAGGCGGAUGGCUAGUGAUGUAUUCUUGAAGAUGAGGAUCAUGGAGAAAUGAAAGAAGGUGAUAGGAAGAGUUGGUCUCUGGAGGCAGUAAAACAGGCCAAAGGGUACUAAGACUGAUGUAUCUUGGGAUUUUUUCCAAGACAGGGUUUCUCUGUAUAGGCCUGGCUGUUCUGGAACUAGCUCUAUAGACUAGGCUGACCUUGAACUCAAGAGAUCUGCGGCCUCUGUCUCUUGAAUGAAUGCUGGGAUUAAAGGCAUGUGCCACCAUACCCAAUGGUGUACCACGGAUAUUAAUCUAUUCCAAGUCCUUCAUUCACAGAUGGAGAAACCAAGAUCCAGAGCAACAUUAUUGUUACUUAGAGGGGUAACAAGCUCAUGUUUUCUGAUAGCAAAACCCUACACAUUUAACCCUAAUAAAAUUAUUUCUGAGUUUGUUAUA